AUGACCACAUACACUUACCAUUUCCCAACGUGGCUGGUGUCCCGGGCUCUAGCCUUCUCACUUGAGAGGAAGACCCUCCGCACCAAUGGCUCAUGGACUCUGCACAUUCCGAAGAUGUUGACUGGCGCGGACCCUGUAUGGAGGAACCUAGACCAUGGAACCGUACAGCAGCUCGCUAGCAUCCUAGGCCAAGGGCAGGUGUCGCCUUGCGAUGUGAACCCGGAUGGAAAGUCCCUCUUGCAUUUUGCUGUCGAGUUUGAGCGACCCAAUAUGUGCAAAUAUUUGCUCGAACAGGGCGUGAACAAGAACUUCGAGGACCACGCCGGCGUAUCUACCUCCGCGAUGGCCAUUGAGAAAGUUGCGCCCGCAUCCGCGGCUGCCUCUCGGGUCGAGACUCUUUCUGAGAUCCGCCGCCUCUCGCCAUCUUCCGAACCUGGAGCUCCCUUCGCCCAACAUCUCGAGGUCAACCUUUCUUCGCUCGACGCCAUUGAUUCGUUUGGCCGCACCGCACUUGCGUGGGCUGCUGCUCUCGAUAAGCCGGCCGUAGCUGAGCUCCUACUAGAGUCUGGUGCUGAUGCGAGCAUCGCGGAUAAAAACAAGAAGACAGCGCUUCACUGGGCUAUGAAGUCCCAAUCGAUGGGGGUUGCUGAGCGUUUGCUUAAGAACGGAGCGGACAUCGAAGCUCGCGACAUUUUCGGACGCACGCCAUUGCACGAAGUCUCCAAGGUCCCUGAUAAAGGCCAGGCCAAUGUUGAAGCCAAGGAUUACAUCUAUGAGCGCACACCUCUGCAUCCGGCGGCGGCUCAUGGCCAGGUGGAAAACGCGGCAGCGCUGGUAAAGUACGGCGAAGCCGACCUCGAAGCGACGAUAAAGACGCAAGACCGGACGGACGCCGCUCAUGACUGCCAUCACCUGAACGAGGCGGAAGAAGGGCACGACAUCCAGAUGGAGGCAGAUAUGGCUGAUAACACUGGGCGCUCCCCCUGGCAAUACUUUGAGUGGCGGAGAAAAGCGUAUAAUCCUCAUAAUGAGGAUGAAGAGAAGGCAGAGAGAAGAUCCCGUGAGCUUCUAGACGCGGUUCGUGAGUUGAGUGCCAGUUCGAGGUCGAGGGUGGUCCUGCUGGACAGUGACUCCGUGGACCUGGACCGGGGCAUUGGAAAGGAGAAGGUGGAUGUGAGCAUCGUCGAGGUUUCCUUUUGA